AUGGCGCGUUUGUCCGUCCUAGUAUGCCUUGCCCUCUUCGCCACUGCCGCGUAUGCCGAUGUGUGUCCUAAGUUCGUGUGCGGCCCGGGUAACUUCCUCUACGGCAAGUUCACCGACCCCUCAGACCCCUACAAGGAGCCCUCUGAUCCCCUGUUCGAGGCUUACUUCACCCCCGGCCAGAUGUACAACUACGCGAAGGACAAUGUUACCGACGACAAGAUCGAGACUCCCCAGCUUGAUUGCUACAAGGUUUGCGACUCGUACAACAUGAAGCUCCCCAGCAACUUCAACUCGGCUAACAAGGCCAAGUACUGGAUGUUCGAGGAGACUUGCCUUGAGGGUUCCGGCGGUAUCUGCACGUGCUACAACAAGCUCCAGUGCAAGGACGACAAGAGCUACAGCUCCAAGUGGAUGGAGCCCGCACGCGGCGUCGGCACCGUCGACUACGAGGUUCCCGCUAACUUCACCGUCGGCGAGCUUUGCGACGGCAACAACAAGGGUGACCCCCACUUCACCGGCGCUGACGGCUCGCACUUCGACUUCUCCGGCAAGCCUAACCGCAACUACGCUCUCAUCUCCGACCCGCACUUCCAGAUGAACGGCUUCUUCGGCGGCCGCUACUCGCGCUGGAACGGCGACAUCAAGUCCCUCACAUGGAUCCGGUCCGUUGGCAUCAUGGCCGGCCACCACACUCUCGUCCUCGAGGCGCGCCGCGGUGCCGACGCCGAGUACCUCAACGGCUACCUCGCCCGCGUUGUUGUCGACGGCGUGCCCGUCGAGAUCACCGUUCCCGGCACCACUGUCGAGCUCUGGGAGGGUGCCACUCUCCGGUGGGAGGCGGCCCGCGAGCUGAGCGGUACCGAUCUCGUUGAUGUGUACGAUGUUAAGAUCGGCAACGUUGCCACCAUCCGCCUGACCUUGAGGCCCGAGGUCAAGAACCUGCGCACCGCCACCGACGGAGCGGUUCACUUCGGUCUGGAUGUGCUUUCGUCGUCCUUCUCCAAGGCAGUGCACGGUGUCCUGGGCCAGACCUUCCGCCCCGACUUCACCGGCCGACUUGCCCAGCAGAAGCUGCAGUGGAGCGACCUCCUUGGUGUUAUGGUUGUUCCCGGUGACAACGCUGAGGGUUUCAUCGACGGUGGCAUGGACGACUACGAGGUGUCGGACCUGCUCAAGAAUGACUGCAAGUUCUGCCGCUUCCAGCGCGCCGAGUCUAUCGACGAUGAGAUGUCGAUCGCCAUGAACAUGAUGGGCUCGGCUGUCGGCGGUGGCCUCCCCGCUGCCCCCCGCAAGUUCCUCGACACGUACUAA